AUGCUGUGGUCCAGUGAAAAGCUUGCUCUUUCUCCAAUCACAAAAUUUGUUCAGGACAGACAUAGAAACAGAAGAAACAGACUUCGUAAAGAUCAACUUAAAAAACUUCCUGUACAUAAAUUUAAAAAGGGAGAUGAAUACGAUGUGUGUGCUAUUUGUUUGGAGGAAUAUGAAGAUGGAGAUAAGCUAAGGAUUCUUCCCUGUUCCCAUGCUUAUCAUUGCAAGUGUGUAGACCCCUGGCUAACUAAAACCAAAAAGACCUGUCCAGUCUGCAAGCAAAAGGUUGUCCCUUCCCAAGGCGACUCGGACUCUGACGCAGACAGCAGUCAGGAAGAAAACCCAGGGUCAGAGCGCACCCCUUUACUUCCACCCUCAGCUUCUGCCAGGACCCAGUCAUUUGGGUCUCUGUCAGAAUCCCACUCACAUCAGAACAUGACAGAGUCUUCAGACUACGAGGACGACGACAAUGAAGAGACCGACAGCAGUGAUGCAGACAACGAAAUUACUGACCACAGUGUUGUGGUCCAGCUGCAGCCUAACGGUGAGCAGGAUUACAACAUAGCAAAUACUGUGUGACUUUCCGGUGGAUGGUUUAUUUCCCAUAUAAUGUUUAUUUACGUAUAUGAUUUGAUUUUUUGCUCCUUUUAGAAGUUUCUGUAGAAAUAACUUAUUUUUUAGUUUUCUAGUUUAAUCAAGUUCCUGAAGCAGGCUGUUUGAUCUCUGAUACUUAUCUCCAAUAGUAUACAGCCACCUCACUAACAAGUGACAGACUGGUGCUGUGACUCAGGCAUCAGCUUAGCUCUCUGGGAUGACAGAAUGUAGCCAGGACACUUUAAACAUCCUCAGAAUAGCCUGAAAUGAAGACCUAGGUCAUAGUCUGCAAAUGUCGUCUUACACAUGAAGUCUGCUAUGGUCAUCUAGCAUGAGCUAAAACAGCUCUCACUUUCAUAAAGUUGCCUAGUGGUGUUGGGUUGGUACAUGUCUCUUCUGAUAGUCCCUCUGUGUCAUGGUUAAUGAGUGGCAACAGGCAGUUUAGGAUUUUUCUUCAUAAUACCACAGAGAAACUAAAAGAUGUCUUCUUCCUUUCUAUUCCCAAAUAGUUUUUCCUCAUAGGAAAUGUCUACUGUAGGCUUCAAAUACUUUGUUUAAGGUUUUCAAAACCACUAUAGUGUUAUGAGUUUGAUUCCACAGGAAUAUCUCUGGACCUUACUUUCCAUAUUUCAGUAUCCUUUUCUGUUGUGAUUUUUUAAAAACAUGCUGCAUAAAAAUACCAAAUUUCAGCAACUGUUAAUAUUGAGAUCACAUACCUCUUCAUAAAGAGCAUCUUAUGCUAAUUAGCCCUGCUGAACCAUGUGCAGAGGAAAUUGUUCAAGUAUUGGAUUUGAAAAUAAGUGCUUUUGUUUAAUAGACCUAAUGUAUUGAGGCAAUGUAUUAUGAAAAGCAAAAUUAUAUAACACUGUAACUAUGUAGAAAAUAUACUUAAAUAUAAUCAGAAUGCUAAGACUUUUUUUAUAUGGCCUUGUAUGAUAAGAGCUUCAAUGUUAAUAAAUGUUUUCCACUUUAAAAGCCA